GGGGAAGGGAGGAGUUGCAGCGUUUUUGUCAGUUGUACUUCACUCGUUUUGAUAAUCUCACAAUUCCUUUCCCAGAUUCAACUUUACGAAACAUUUCACACAGAUACAAAGAUUUAUCUUGUAAUGGAGUACGCUUCUGGAGGCGACUUGCUGGAUUAUAUUAACGCGCGAUCAAGGAGAGGAAUAGGGGUUGGUGAAGAGUUGGCUAAAAGCCUGUUUAGACAGCUGGCCGAGGGUGUGGCACACUGUCAUCGGAGAAAUGUCGUGCACAGGGAUCUUAAAUGCGAGAACAUCUUGCUUGAUCAAGACAAAAUCGUAAAAGUAUCAGAUUUUGGAUUUGCCACUCGUUAUCCCACUAACAAGUGUAAACUACUCUCGACUUUUUGUGGAUCGUACGCAUACGCUGCCCCUGAAAUACUGCAGGCGCAGAAAUACGACGGAAAAUGUGCAGACGUGUGGAGCAUGUAAGUACUACAUAGCUUAAUGUGAGUUCUCCAUAUCGCUUACUUCCGGUGGCGAUCCCGGAAAUAAGGUAGGUAGUCAGGUUCAGUGCGUAUAUUCAAAAUUUUUCAAUUUAUUUUGUAUCAAGUGUUUCCUUUAUUUUGCAGGGGUGUUAUUUUAUUUGCCAUGGUGUGUGGUAGAUUGCCUUUCAAUGACAACAGUUUGCACUCGCUAAUUGUACAGACGAAAGGGAAGCUAGCAUUUCCACCUAGAAGUAUGUGUUCACCAGGUAAAGAGAUAACAUAGAUAAAAAAACUGUGAUAACUGUUGAUAAAGUAAGCCUUGUUUCGUCGGCUAAAGCAACAACGCGAGAGUGUUCCCACGCACUUGCAUCCACGUUAUCGGACACCCGCGUUCUUUUCGCGCGUUCAUCUCGCGCGUUUCGUAUCACGAUGUUAAAAACAUUACUUUCCACUUCACUUUCUCAUUGACUGUUACAAUUUUGCUCUCUUUGUCAGAGUGUCAGCAAAUUAUUCGUAGCAUUCUUGCAUGGGACCCUAGGAAGAGAAUAACCAUGCCUCAGAUUUUGAAUCACGUUUGGUUAUCUGGUGAAGCAAGCAAGGUAUGAAUAAAUAACUUCUAAAAGAAAAAAUACCUGCUCUUAAUUUGUUAACUUCCGCUAUUUAAAACUGCGAUACUAUUUUUUCAAUGGCAUAUUAUUUAAAACUACUUAUUCGACAUUCAGAUUCUUUGAGCGUGUUGACUCACAUCGAUCGACCUAUGUUUUGUAAUGCCGAGCUACAAUACCUAAAUCUAAGCCAGUUUAAGCAAGGAACAGCGAUCUCUUUUAACGCGAAAGCAAUUCCUUCCUCACGGCUACUCGUUAUAAAAUAUCACCGAAAGAAACGGAGGCUCUGAGAACCAGUGUGGUGAGAAACUGGGCGAAUUUCCCGUUUGAACAAGUCCGAGGAGUUACUCCCAAAAUAAUUGUGUGGGGGUGUGUGGCCCGCUU